CCUUCUCUGUGACGUCUCCUGUUGUAGAGUGACGCAGGACGAGCUCGACACAACGCUCCCAGAAAGAGAACAAGAGUUCACUUACUACGGUGCCAUUGACCUUGCUCUGCAGCACUCACAAAUACGGCGUCCGGAGAAACCAUGGCCGUUUCAAGUUUGCCACAGUUGUCAGCCAACUCGGGAAUGAGGCUGUCAAAAGAGCAUUUCCUCGUAGCAGUGCCUGUGGCAGUGGUCGCAGCCGUAGGCGGCUUUCUGGUCAGCCGUUACCUGAGUGGGCGGAGCUGCAAAAAGGGGCUGGUGAACACGUGCAUCAACAAAGAUAGUCCCAAAGUCGUGCACAGCUUUGACAUGGAGGACAUUGGCACCAAGGCUGUGUACUGCCGCUGCUGGAAGUCAAAGAAGUUCCCGUACUGCGAUGGCGCCCACAGCAAACACAACGAGGAAACUGGGGACAACGUGGGACCCCUCAUCAUCAAGAAGAGGGACACUUAAGCCAACCAAUUACAAGUUGGCGCUCCCACCUACACGCAUCCCCCCCCCCUUUGUUCGCACAUGAUAACAGCGUCUCAUGGACAUGUACUGCGGGUAUUAUGUUGUCACGGUAAAUCCUCCAUAGAAUGUGCUACUGCUUGAACACUAAGUGACAUUAUUGGAGAUGUAGGGUCACUGGGUCACUUAUAACUGGUUUGCGUGUAAAGGCUGCUGUACGUGUGGAGCAGGUGAUGUCAAAAAGGUUUUUGCCACUUUUCUCAUUUCAGCCUUAAAUGAAAUAAACACACACUACCCACAUGAAUGUUGCUUGUUUUGUCUUGUGCGCCAAAAGCCAAGUGCUUCCUCCGAGCUUGAUGUUUGGCUUAAAUCGUCAAUCUGCUGUAAACUGUGGAAACUUCUGACAAAACGGUAUAUUUGGCUUUUUCUUUAGAUUUUCUACAGUGCUGCGUGUCUGAUUAAAGGGGUUGUUCUUCUGUAUAAUGUAAAUAAACUUGUGCAACUUGA